AUGGUAAAGAAAAAAAUUGAUAACCGUAUAAGAGUUUUAAUAGAAAAUGGAGUUAAACUUGGACAUCGCACCAUGUUUUUGCUUGUUGGCGACAAAAGUAGAGAUCAGGUACCAAUAUUGUAUGAUAUGCUCGUAAAAUCAACAGUAAAGUCCAGGCCGACAGUGUUAUGGUGUUACAAAAAUAAAGAUGAGGCUAUUAGCAAUCAUGGCCGUAAGAGAGCUAAGAAGAUCGCGGCGGGCAAAUUAGAAGUAUCAGAGGAAUGUUUGUUUGAUGCGUUCAGAGUAGCUACAACGAUUCAUGGCCGAUACUAUUCAGAAAGUCACACCAUGCUCGGUCAAACAUACGGAGUGUGUGUGCUGCAGGAUUUUGAAGCCUUAACACCAAAUUUGAUGGCACGUACUAUAGAAACAGUUGAAGGCGGUGGCCUUAUUAUAUUUCUGUUGAAAACUAUGAAUUCAUUAAGACAGCUGCAUUCAAUAACAAUGGAUGUUCAUUCUAGGUUUAAGACGGAGGCCUAUGAUACUGUAGUGAAUCGUUUCAAUGAACGUUUCUUAUUGUCCCUGGCUGAUAAUCCUCGGUGUCUAGUGUUGGAUGACUCGUUGACAGUACUUCCUAUAUCAUCGAGGACUGCCCAAGUUGAACCUGUUGAUGUUGUUCCAGAGAGUGUAAAUCUCAAGUUGACUGAGUUAGUGUCAUCACUGUCAGACACUCCACCAGCGGGGAUGUUAGUGUCUCUGUGUCGGACAUACGACCAGGCAUCUGCUCUCGUGGCGCUUAUAAACACACUCGCUGACAAACAAUCAAGGCCUCCACAUUGUCUAACAGCCGCUAGAGGUCGUGGUAAGUCCGCGUGUCUCGGCCUCGCCGUAGCGGCCGCAGUAGCUCUCGGUUACGUCAACAUAUACGUCACUUCCCCUCACCCCGAGAACCUUAUAACACUGUUCGAGUUCGUACUGAAAGGCUUAGACGCGUGUCUAUAUCAGGAACACAUAGAUUACAACAUAGUGAGGUCAACGAACCCUGACUUUAAGAAAGCUAUUGUAAGAAUUAACAUUGCAAGGAAUUCUCGUCAAACUGUACAGUACAUAACUCCCGACGACCACUCUCUACUAGCGGCUGCUGACCUCGUGUUAGUAGACGAAGCGGCCGCCAUCCCUCUACCACACGUGGCGGCGGCCGCUACCAAGGCACCGCUCGCUUUACUGUCGUCUACAGUAUCUGGGUACGAGGGAACAGGCCGAGCAUUAUCCGUUAAACUGUUCAGUCAGCUGCAGACGGAGUACAACGCACCACCGCCUAUUAAACUCGAGGAACCUAUCCGUUAUCGUUCUGGUGACCCUGUGGAGUCCUGGUUGUGUUCCUUACUGUGUCUGGAGUCCCCUCCCCCCUCCCCCGGCGCGGGCUCCCCCCCUCCCGCCGCCUGCGACCUCGUGCGGGUCAACAGAGACGCGCUGUUCUGUUACCAUCGAGCAGCCGAAGUGUUCCUUCACAGAUUAGUAUCUAUAUACGUGGCCAGUCACUAUAAGAACAGUCCUAACGACCUCCAGUUGUUGUCUGACGCUCCAGCACACAACCUGUUUGUGUUGCUCGCCCCCACCUGCCCUAAAGGAUCGACCAUGCCUGAAAUUAUGUGUGUCAUGCAGAUAUGUAUGGAGGGGAACAUCAGUGACAAGUCUGUGAAAGAUAGUUUGGGUCGUGGUCGCAAGGCGGCCGGUGACCUUAUACCGUGGAACGUGUGUGAACAGUUUGGAGAUAGAGACUUCCCUAAACUAUCGGGAGCUAGGAUUGUGAGGAUAGCAACACAUCCCAGCUAUCAACGGAUGGGUUAUGGCAAGCGAGCCUUACAACAGCUAGCUGCAUACUACACUGGAGAAAUUUUAUGUAUGGAUGAAACACACAGCGACGAAGACAAUGAUGUUGACAAACAAGCAGAUACCUUACAUACUGAGGAUAUACGACCCAGAGCCAAGCCUCCAACAUUACUGAGACGUUUGACGGAAAUGAGAGCGGAACAUUUGGACUAUUUGGGUACGAGCUUUGGACUAACCGAAGACUUACUUAAGUUUUGGAAAUCACAGAAAUAUAUGCCGGUCUAUCUCAGUCAAAAAGCUAAUGACCUAACGGGUGAAUAUUCAUGUAUAAUGAUACGUUCACUACACACCAGCGACUGGCUGUCCGCGUACAACGCAGACUUUAGACUCAGAUUCUCAAGACUAUUGUCUAGAUCAUUUAGGAAGCUGCCCGCGGCACUAGCGCUGUCUACCUUACAGAAUGAUAGUAUAAAAAUUGAUAAACCCAAUUUAACGAAGGAGAUAAUUCAGCAACAUUUAUCCGGUCACGACCUCUCCCGUAUAGAGUCAUACACGAGACAACAAGCAGAAUAUAGAUUGAUAACUGACUUACUGUCACCGCUGGCACAUAUAGUGUUCCAUACUAAGAAUAAAAUUAAAAUGGAUGCUAUACAACAGGUUACCUUCAUAGCGAUGGGUUUUCAAACGAAAGAUGUUGAUGAUAUAGCCAGCGAGUUAGGACUACCCACCUCACAGAUACUAGCUAAGUUCUACGAGGCCUGCAAGAAGAUUAAUACCGCGCUAAAUUCUAUUCUAGAAGAUACCGUGGCUAAAGAAAUGGGUAUAGAAGAUAACACAGAAGUUAAAAAUGAUGAACCGCUGAAACAAAGUCUACACGACGAACUAUCGAAGGCCGCUAAGGAAUUGGAUCGCAAACAACGUAAGGAGUUAUCACGUCUGAUGGGUGAAGAUCUUCAACAAUACAGCAUCAAGGGCAGUGACCUCGACUGGGGCAAGGCUGUUAAAAAAACACAAGGAAUUGUGUCAGUUAAGAGCGGAGAAAAAAGACUCGGUGACGACAGUAAAGAAAUCGAUGAUCUUAUAGAAGCUCACUCCAACAAGAAAAAGAAGAAGAAGAAACAUGUUAGGAAUUAA